AGAAGAAACAAAAAAAAUGAACAAACUUUCAUUCACUACGAUAUGUUUGACAACAGUCCUACUUUUCUCCAUGUACUGUGAAGCAUUGAGUGUAGAUCAAUUCAUCAACGAUAAUUCUUGCUACAUUGUAUUAACAAGAUAUGACAACAACCUAUUCGUUCCAGUAACAUUGAAUUGGAUUCGUUGCCCUCGUAAUGUAUACCCUUCGAUAUUUCUACGAGCGGAGUGUUCUUCACGUUGCAAAGAUCCUGUUACUGGCAAGGACUUCAGCACAUUACGAUACAAAACUGAAGAGGUCAAACACGAAAUAAGUUUUCAAGUUCGAAAAAACAAUAGGGUUGAAACUGAGACGAUCACAUUAGUAAAUACUUGCAGAUGUGUGAAAAGAUAA